UAAAUGGUAUUUCAGAACGUUCCUCUGCCCGAUUUAUUUUUGUUUGUAUCUGCAAAAAUAUUCAGUAAAUCUAUUUAUAAUUCAGGAUUAAUACGUAAAAUCUGAAUCCUAGAUAACAAAAUCGGCUUAAAAGCGAUCUCGCCCAAUUUUUCAGUUAAUAAUUCGCUGUGUUUUUAUGCCAUAAUGCGGUGUAUUUACUUUUUUAGUUUAUUCAGUGUAGUUUUAGCUUUUGAAAAGGAUAUGACAUUCACGGUUCAGGCUGGAAAGCAGGACUGUUUUUACCAGCAAGUGCUCCCGGACCAAGUGAUUGAUAUUGAGUACCAGGUGAUAGACUCAUCGCACGGCGAACUGGACAUCUCCUUCCAACUGGCAGACCCGGUCGGGCGGGUCAUCGUGGCCGACUACAAGAAGGCGGAGAACACGCACAGACACACGUCCGCACUGAACGGAGACUUCAGAUUUUGUUUCGAUAACACAUUCAGUACUUUUAGUACUAAAACUGUAUUCUUUGAUCUGAUGAUAGACACAGAAGAUAACUCAAACAAAGACUAUGAGGAUGAUGAGAAAGAAAUGGAAUUAGGCAACGCAGCAGAGAGCUACAUGAUGAGUGUGCGCGACAUCUCCACCUCGGUGUCCCGGGUUCGAGACGCGGUCGGCGCGGCGCGGCGGCUGCAGGAGGCUCUGUCGGCCCACGAGGCGCGCGACCGCAACCUCGCCGAGGACAUGUGCGCCAGGGUGCUGCGGUGGUCGAUAAUUCAAGUGGGUGUCAUGUUAGUUAUAGGAAUUACUCAGGUCAUCUUCGUAAGAAGUCUGUUUGAAGACAAAGGCAGUGGCUAUAAGAAGUUUAUGCCUAAAUUCGUUUCGCAGUAGUAAAGUUUAAGGGUCACUUUUAACAAAUGCUAAACGUAUUUAAAAUAGUAUUUAAAUUAAAUUUUAAACACGUUUUGUACUAACUGACAGACGUUCGACAGGCCACUAAAUAUGUUUAGCGUUUGGAUUCCACCUUAGUAAAUAAAAUAGGUAUAAGUAUUCACGAACCACAAAUUAAAUCGUAAAAAUACAAAAGUAUCACCACUGAAAAAAAUUAUUUAAAAACAUAUAUUUUACUUAUUCACAGAAAAACUGUGAGAAACAUAGAUAUACAUAAUAUAAACAUAACAAUUAUGUGUACGUUAUGUAGGUAUUCAAACUAUUUUAACCCUUUGGCAGCCAAGCGUUUUGUUCAUUGCCAUGUUAUUUGUCACGUAUCUAGUCCGUGAUCAGCUUUUAAGGUACUAUUCCGUGCAUCGCGACAG